GCAGCCUUGCCAACGGCUCGGUGUACAGGCAGUCCAACCGGAUCCACACGGCACACGGCGCACGCACUCGGCCUGCCGUCUCACUCCCUUCCGGCCUGCAGGCGCACUUGUCUCUCCCGCUCUCCCGCCGCCGCCGGCUCGUCGACCCCCUGCGGCGGAGCGAGAUCCAUACAUCCCUAGGAGUGGCUUCUUCUUCUUCUUCUUCUUCUUCUUCUUCUUCUUCUUCUUCUACUGCAUAUUUUGUGUGUGGCUGCAAAGUUCUUAAUUCUAGAGGAGCAAGAUGGAGGUUAUUGUCAUCAUCUCAGUUGUCAUUCUUUUGGCACUAGGAGCUCUCUUUGUGAUCCCGAAGUCACAAAAUAAAGGUAAAUCAAAGGGAACUGAUUCAGGAGCUGGAAUGACAUCUAGGAGCUUUACGAAGGAAGAGAUAUCUAAACAUAACACAAGGAAGGAUUGUUGGAUAAUCAUCAAGGACAAGGUCUAUGAUGUCACUCCUUAUGUGGAGGAGCAUCCAGGUGGAGAUGCCAUUCUAAAUAAUGCUGGUGGUGAUUCCACGGAGGGUUUUUUUGGGCCACAGCACGGCACUAGGGUCUUUGAUAUCAUUGAGGAUUUCUGCAUCGGUCAGUUGAAGGCUUCAUGAUCAUGACAUAGGGUAGCUUGUAUUGAAUUCAUGGUAUUUUUCGGAUAUCAAGUUUUGAGAAGCUAUAUACUAUCCAUCAUUUUAAGCAUUGCAACCGUCAAGCAUUUGCAAUGUCAGUGUAAUUGUUCUGCAAUUGUUAUCUGGGCUGCCCUGAGCUGUGAUAUAGCAGUUAUUUUUUUUUAUUGUGCUGAGGCAAUGUGAGCACCAGUUCAACCACAACUUGUGUUUGUACAUUUCUGUUGUUGGACAAGACUCUGAAACGCUUGUGAUUGUUUUGGUUAAAUCAGAAACCGUUUCUCAUAAUCA